AUGACCAUCAAAGACAUGCCUUCCCAUCAAAUAUCGAUUAAUAAUAUCGACACCAAUGACAUACCGGCACUCAAAGCGCAAUGCAUGAGUCUGACUCGAGAUCUGGAAGAGCAGACAGCAGCCGUAUCCAGCCUCGAAGAAAGACAUCAAAACAUGGCCCGCUACCUUCGCGAAGACACCGAGUCGAUCAAAUCCUCAAUCAAAAGACAACAUAACAUCAGCGACAUUGGAACAUCAUGGGACUUCAUGCGAGCGCAGCCAAGAAUUAUUCUAAUGCAAGCUUUGGGCCAAAAUACACGUCUGAGGCACGAGAUGGAGGAACAGGAGAAGAUUAUCCAGCAUCUUACCCAAUAUCACUCCAAAGCAAUGAACGAAUUUGGAAAAUACACGACAACCAUGAUGUCCAAACUCGAAGAACAAACAAAGACAAUCGCAGAGUUGCAGGGAAAAACCAGGAUAGUGCCUGCACAGGAAAAGCGAGAGAAGAAUAUGAAAGAAGUCCUCGAUAUUAUUGCCGGCAUCAUGUUUUCCGAGCUCGAGUACCAACAAGAACUGAUUGAUGAGUUGAAAACGGACGAUGAACAAUAUUUCCAGCCAACGCAUAAUACCUUGCUGGAUUUGGUUGGAGUUAUUGAACAAUGGGCUGUGGACGACGAAUAUCCAGAGAUGAUAUUCAAGCUCGAGGACGACGAGUCACAGAUGAAACAGCGAAAUGAGGAGCUGGGGUCCCAGGUUGAUGAUCUAUCCCACAAGCUAAAACUGCAGUCGAUGAAGGUCAACGGACAGCAGAACUUGAUCAAAGAACAGGCCAACGUGAUUCUAGAACUCGAGGUCCAGAAAAGAAGACUUGCAGGCGAUCUCGAGGCAGUUGAUGAACAGUUGGCUUCCAUGCUUGAAAUCCAAGGAAAGAAUGCAUUAUCGCAGACCGAGCAAAAACAUAAUGAGCAGGAGAAUUCGAUGAAGUGUGAGAUCGAACAAUUGAACCACAGACUCGGACCUCUCGAAGACAAUCUGUUCAAUGUCAGACAGGCCAAAUUCUGCAACUAUCUCCGCGCCAACGGCUCUAUCGGUCUCACAGAAGCCAAUAUCAUGUUUCACAAUAUCGACCAGAUAGUUCCGACUAUCAGCAUGGCGGAGGUAGAUGCGCGGAUGUUCGAAAAGCGACUGGGCAGACUGAGCGGCGACUAUAUCCCUGAUUUUGUCCGUGUCUACGGGGUCCUCCCCUCAAAGAUUCUAAAUUCUAGUCAGUAA